AGCAAGGGAAACAUGGACGGAAUUUCGUGAACAUGCAACCUUUCAAAAAUCGAGCUGAGACUUUUAUUGCACUGUUUAUUCUAAUCGCUCUUGGUGUAUUGUCUGCGUACCUGGCAGUGUUUUUAGCGUUUUUGGGUGUGUGUGCGUACCUGUACUUGGAGUACGAAGCUAACAACCUAGGUUUCCAUGUGGAGGUACUGAAGUCAGCGAUUUUGAGUACAUCAAUUUGGUUGCAGUCAACAAUGUCUUCUUUUGUUAGGAAUCUUCAACAGCGAUCAGGGUUGGUGAGUGAUGAACCGAAAAGUGAAAUCCGUAGUAUUUCGCGGGCAGAUUUACCAGUGACUUCAAGGCUGAGGCGUGUGUCGAUCGCAACGAAUGGAAGCCGUUACUCAAGAAACAGUGAUUUAAACAUUAGUCGUAGUGUUUCCAGCCCAACGAGAUAUCGUCUCUCCCCUGCGAAUCGAAGUGUAUUGGACGUGUGUAAUAGAAGUGACAGCAGGUCGCCGCAGAAACAGUCGUACAAUGAAGCUAUGGGUUAUGCCUACAAGUCAUCACCGUGGAACAGAAAUGCCCAUUCUCCCCUUUCCGAGAAGGCUAGGUCGCCCAAAAACACUAGUGUGAGAACAGUUCAGAAUGUGGGUGGACCUCUCCUGGCGUCUCCUCGUUCUAAUACAAACAAGACUUUCGAUCUCAGACUCUACGCGGAUGUCAACAGCCCGGGCCUGGCCGAGCGCUCCGUGUACUACUCCCGAAUGGGCGGUGCCAGUCCCGGCAUGUCGCCGGACGAGAAUCGGCGCCCACUGUCACCGCCAGCCGUGACGCAUCAGCCGCAGUACCGCACCGUUGGCCAGUUCCCCCUGGUCCGGCUGGGCCAGAAGGGUGCCGCCACGGCCUCCCUGCCACUGCUGACGGCCGCCGUCUCUCCCAAGGCACCGCGUGCACACUCCGUCAGCAUGAACGUGAAGCCAGUUCUGGUGGAGGGUCCGGCUCCGGCCCCCCUGACGCCGGCAGCUGGGAAGGCGCUCUCUGCGAGGGUGGCCGGGGUGUCUUCCCCGGGGUUGUCCGGCGUCGACAGGUCCGACCCCCACGACAUAUCUGCCAAGUCUGUCAUCGAAGCUCUCAAGGAAAUAUCGCGCAAGAGGAUUCGCUCCCAGUGUCUGACUCCGAAUGAAGUUCCAGACGACGAGUCGGCCAAACGCCAGCGUAGAAAUGUGUCCUCGGACUCUGGUCGUGCAGACGAUUCUGAAGUUGCAGAGAGCUCUGCCGGCCUUCUCUCCCCUUCGACAUACCAGACGAAACGCGGUCGUAGUGACUCAUUCAACGGCAGCGGCGAAAGUGGCAGUACGCCACGGGGUACGGCGAGCGACGAGACACCCGGCACGCGGUCACGAGUCAAGCGCCUGUGCAGCAAUGAGAUCCUUAGCUCGCUCAGCUCUAGCCGUUGCCUGCUGGUGCUCGCUGCCAACAACAAGAGGAAGUUCACCAUCUCCCCAGACGGGAGUCCGCGUAGUGGCACACCUGUCCCGGUGCAGACCGGCAAACACUUCAAGUCUGGAUCCAGUCCGGACACAGAGGAGCAGAAUGGCCGGGAAGAGGAAAUGGUACAGGCAGAGGAAACGCCAGUUCGGAGGAGAUCGGCCGAGACUGCAGUAGGGGAUGCCCCCGCGAGUCCGCCACCCGCCCGCGCUCCUACACCCGCGCGGGACACGGGGGUCUCCGCUGCCGACGGCGAGGACGUGACGCCGGAGCACUGGAAGAGGCCUAAGGACGCGGACCGGGACGCCGCCCUCCCCCACCGGGCGACACCACACCCUGCGCGCAAGCUGGUAGGCACGCGCGACCUCGCGGAGCAGCGGCGUGCCGACAGGUCGGCCCUCGUGGGACUACUCACUGUCAUCGGCAAGGGAGAAUCGCCGUUCCGUGACGGGGACCGCCUGCAGCCUGCGGCAUCCCUGCCAACUUCCCGGCGACAGAAACACGUGAGCUUCUCAGACACCAAAAAGCCGGGAGAGCUGGCACGCGCAGACACGGCGCCCGUCACGGAGUCGCAACAGGCACCUUGUGUCGGCACUCCCACCACCACCUCCUCUCCGGACUCUCCCGGGCAGGGCGGCAUGACGGGGACGGGCACGACCAACACGCCGCCCACCGUGAGCCGCAACACGCAGAAGGCGCAGGCCUUCACGUUGAAGUCGUCACCCACAGGCUCCGUCAUGUCGUCAUCUGCUGCGCCGUCAGGGAGAAGCCCCAGCCCCUUCACUGUGAGUGCCGGCCAGUUGCCUGCCUCCUCCGCAGGCUCCAACAGUAGCUCCAGCAAUCCGACGGGUGCGGCAGCAUCGGUAUCGCCGUUUACGGCACGACCGGUCGCGGCCUCCACUCCAAUGGCACCGUCUGGUGCGACUGUGACGACGGCCUCCGGGGCUCUUUCCCAGUCGGCCCCAGAGACUCGGCCGACGACCGCGACCCACGAAGCGGUUGGGACGCCGACGGGAGCUCGAGCAACUCCCGGAGACGCCGCUUCGCAGCCCCAAGUGCACAUGAGCACUGCCACGUCUACGGCUUUCUCGUUUGGAUCUCCGAAAAUGUCGACAGUGGCGACAGUAUCUGCCACGCCGGUGACUGCCGCCGGCGUACCGGUGCCGCAGUCUGCCGGCGAGUUCCGGUUCGGAGCCGGAUCGGUGACGUCGACGACUACAACGUCGAGUGCCGGAGGUUUCAGUUUCACGUUACCUGCCUCGACUGCCGCGUCCACGACUUCGCCGGCAAAAGGAGCUUUCCAGUUUGGGCAGAAUCCGACAUCCACUGUGGCCACGGCAAAACUGGGAGGUUUCCAGUUUGCGCCAGGCGCGGCAGACAAGGUCGGUCGGCAGGCGGCAACAUCGGGACCUGGAGCUACGGCAAGUCAGCCUUCGAUUUUCAGCUCUAGUGCCGCAUACUCGAAAGCGACUACUACAGAGACGGCAGCAUCUCCAUUUGCUGCAGCAGCCGUGUCACAGAGUCAGACUUCUCUGACGAGCCCCGCACCUACUCCGUCGUUUGGAUCUGCCCCGCAGAAAGGGAUUUUCGGAGCCACUCCGACUACGACUGUGGCGACCGCACAGCAGUCUAUAUUCGGGGGUGCCGCGGCAUCGGUAUUCGGAGCGGGUAACGCCACCUCCUCGCAGGCACCGACAUUCGGUUCGGCAGCUGCGACUACUCAGUCUUCGGUGUUCGGAACUUCAGUUUUUGGCUCUACGACGCAGAACCAGUUACAGACGCCAUCUGGCACAAGUAAUGUUUCUCAGGUUUCGACAUUUGGAUCUGGCACUACGGCUGCUACUCCGACCUUCGGAUCUGGCACUACGGCUGCCACUCCGACCUUCGGUUCUGGCAGUACGUCAGCUGCUCCGGCCUUCGGAUCUACCGGUACGGCAGCUACUCCGGCGUUCGGAUCUACCACUACAGCUGCUACCCCGGCUUUUGGAUCUGGCACUACAGCUCCUGCUCUAACUUUUGGAUCUGGCACUACUACUCAGGCACCGGCCUUUGGAGGUGGUACGACAUCUCAGACCCCAGCUUUUGGAUCUGCAGCAACAUCUCAGACCCCGGCCUUUGGAUCUGGUACAUCCACCCAGGCCCCAGUCUUCGGAGCAGGUACAUCUCAGGGCUCAGCCUUUGGAUCUGGUGCAACAUCUCAGGCUCCGACAUUCGGAUCUGGUACGACUACUCAGGCCCCAGCCUUCGGAGCUGGUACAUCGUCUCAGACACCGGCCUUCGGAGCUGGUACAUCGUCUCAGACCCCAACCUUCGGAUCGGCUACGACGACACAGACACCAACUUUCGGUGCAAUCCCUACGAGUCAGGCACCCGCUUUUGGGUCUGCCACCACAAAUCAGCUGCCAGCAUUCGGCUCGAGCUCUCAGAAUCGGCCAGCAGUAUUCGGAUCGGUCACCACGAGCCAGGCACCGGCUUUCGGAACUGGGCAGACACCUGCGAUCGGUGCCGGCAGUUCUGGUCAAAUAGCUGCACCCGGUUCCGGCAGUCAGUUGGCAGCAUUCGGAGCCAGUGGAACUGGGCAGACGCCUGCCUUCGGAUCUAGCUCCGGACAGACUCCCACUUUCGGCUCCAACACCGGACAAGUGCCGACAUUCGGAUCCGGUUCGUCCGGAAGCACUCCCGCACCCGCAUUCGGUUCUGCAAAUCGGGCGACUGUCUUCGGGUCUGGCGCCACACCGUCUUUCGGAGGAGCGAGCUCUGCGGCUGCUACCACCCAGAGUUCUGUGUUCGGGACAGCCACGCCUACUUUUGGCACCAGUGGAGCCAACCGGCCACCUUUUGGCACAGCUUCACCUUUCGGCUCCUCACUUGGCACAACUCCGGGUUUCGGGAGCACGUCGACGAGCCAGACGCCGGCAUUCGGAUCGCCGUUUGUAGGAUCGGGGGAUGCGAAACCGGCAUUCGGCUCUACUGCCCAGGCCAGCGCGGCAGUGACGACGGCCGGCCAGCAGGGGGUGUUCGCGUUCGGUGCGGCGAGCCCCGUGACCACGACGGCAGCGGCAGGCGCCGUGCCCUUCCAAUUCGGGGCUACGGGGCAGAGUUCCUCUACGGCUGCCCCGAAGCCCGGAGGCUUCCAGUUCGGGCAGUCCACCGAUGCGAGCCCCGUGGCUUUCCCGUUUGCGGCACCGGCGGGCCAGGCGUCUACGCCGAAGGGGGCGUUCCAGUUUAAUGCGGCCGGCCAGACGCCCGGAGGCAGUGUGCCGAACGUCUUCGGCCAAAGUACGCCCGGCUCAGUGGGGAUGUUCAGCAUCGGCUCCGGAUCCACGGCGCCGAGGUCCAGGACGUCACGUAUGCGCAACAAGAACCGGUGAUUUUCGGCGUCUGAACACGCACUCGGUAAAAUCAGAUGAAGACAAUAGUUAUCUGGGUGGAGUUCUGACAGUACAGAGAAAUGGCUGCAACUUUUCCUGUGCACCAGAUGGCACUACAUCCUGGUUUGCAAAAUUGAAUACUGUGCACGAGUACGAUUUCUGGUGUACACGGCAGUACGCAUCACAUCAUUUUGCGGCCAAAUUAUGCUUGUAGCUUUUUCACCCACCGUGGUUUUGUAAAGUCUCUUUUGUCUAAGGAAUAACUGUUGUAUUGUUAAUAAGAAAAAGAACAACAAUAAUCUCUGGAGUAAGAAAAAGAACAAUAAUAAUACAUGGAAGUGACAAAAGGACAUGUUCCAGUGUGUGCAAGUUUUCUCUUUCAUUUGUUAAUUCCACUACUCUAUUGUACAUGACAGGCAGUGUCAUACCUUAUUUUCUGAGCAGGACUGUAGUUUUGAGAUGGAGAUGCAGAUUCUAAAAACUGCUUACGCAUACAGAACUGACAUUGUAAGUUACUUAUGACACACACUGAGCUAUAAUUUCGUGGUACAGUAGUGCUGACAUAUUUCUUAAUCUGUAUUCAGUUGAUGUACUGGGUAGACAGCUACUGUAUCAGCAUAAUGCUACAGGUUUAUAUUCCAUUUGUGUGUGUGUGUGUGUGUGUGUGUGUGUGUGUGUGUGUGUGUGAAGCAAUCGGCGACCUCUUCUGUCGGAGGAAACGUGUUCUUUGCAAGCAUAUUCUUUUCUCGAGCAAUUUUAGGGGAAGUGAGUGCUUUCUGGAAGCAGACAGUAAGUAUCAGACUGUGUUAACAUUUUCUGUUAAAUUUCCAACGAGCUGAUGUGGUUUCAGGAGCAGUAUUCCCGUAUCAAACUUCGGCCUUUCAGAAACUAUCAUGAGGUCUGUUUCCUGGAGCUCACCCUUUUUGACAGUUUCAACACUCUGCCUAAGGGCCUGCCAAAUAAAUUGAGCCCCUCAGAAAGGUUCACCGAUCAAAAUCUGAGACACUGUCGGCAAUGUACUGCAGUUCGUACCCAAACUUCGGUUCGGCAUACGAUGUACAUUUCCCAGCAGUCACUAAUAUCCUGGGAAAUAUACCAGGUGUCUUUCACGAGAGUCAUCAGAUGCAUUUUCUCCGGUGUUUCUGCAGAAAUUUACAGUUUCGUUUUUGCAUUGCGUGGAUGGAGUUAGCCCAAACAAUUGCUGCUUGUUAUGUCUUUCAGACUCGUACGGGUCAUGACAAGUGGUAUGUCUCUCAGCUCAAUAUAAUUCAUUCAAAAGCGAACUGUGAGAAAUGCUACAGUCACAGGUGUACAAAAAUUGUAACCUAUUAGUGGAAAGAUUAUACAGUUAGGACUGCUGUUACGGGGGGAGGUGACGACGAAACACAAUUUGAUACCACUAGUGACACAUUUUUAAUCAUCUUUGUAAUAUAUUUAGUCAUCCAGCAGUUUUGUCUCGUCUGUCAAAUGCAUAUCCCACAUCUUGUCACCUUCCCAUCACUUCGUCGCAUGCCAGAGAAUAGAAACUCACAUAGAAGACGCUUCCUUUUACACCAGGAGCACGCAGAUUAUUUGCACCCCUCCUCUGACAGAUCAAAAAGAUGACAGAGAAGAGAGAGAGAGAGAGAGAGAG